AUGUCUCUGCCUACAACUCAUUCAGCUGUCUGUCUUUUCUGUGCAGGUCUUCCAGAGCAGUACUACAGUCUCACGUGGUUCCUCAGUCCAGUUCUUGGCCUCAUGUUCACCCCUCUGAUUGGCUCAGCCAGCGAUCGCUGCACUCUGCGGUGGGGCAGGAGGAGACCCUUCAUCCUGGCUCUGUGUAUCGGAACACUCAUCGGAGUGGCCCUGUUUCUGAAUGGAUCACUGAUAGGUCUAUCGCUAGGUGAUGAACAAGGGAGCCAACCAAUAGGCAUUGUUCUUACUGUGUUGGGCGUUGUGGUGCUGGACUUCUGCGCGGACGCCACAGAAGGACCAAUCAGAGCAUACUUACUAGACGUCGCAGAUACAGAAGAACAAGACAUGGCGCUCAAUAUCCACGCCGCCUCUGCAGGCCUUGGUGGUGCGGUUGGCUACGCUCUUGGAGGUUUGGACUGGACACACACGUUCCUUGGAGUAAUCUUCAAAUCCCAGGAGCAGAUCCUGUUCUUCUUUGCCGCCAUCCUGUUCACCAUCUCCGUGGCGCUCCAUCUUUUCAGCAUUGAGGAGCAGCGGUACUCGCCCCAACACGACCGGCUCGAUCAGGAAAGUUCAGAAUCGGCGCAACUACAACCAUCUUCCAAUGGAAGGGCUGGACUUCUCACCCCCAAGCUGGAAAUGAUUGGAGAGAAUGAUACGAUGGAGAGCUAUGACCUCUAUGAUCCCUAUGGAGACAACCAUUCAGAGCAUGGAGACAUGGACUUCCUGGAAGUGGAGCUUGUGAGGAGUAAAAGUGACAGCGUUCUCGCCAUGGCUGACGCAACUCUCGACCACAUGGACCACGACGCGAUGUUCCUGUGCCACAUAGAGCCCUCCAUCUUCGCCGAUCGCCUCUCGCCCUAUCACAGCUCCCCCCCCGCUUCCUUCUUCAACCCGAAUCACAGCAGCUCCCGCCCACACCUCGCCAACCUCAGGCGCAGCAGCAGCACCGGGAGCGAAGACUUCCUCCGCGCCCACCACACCAGCCAUCACACACACCCUCCCAAUCCCAGGAUCUCCCGCCUCUCAGCGUUCCUGCAAGAGAUGGAAAACGACGACGGGCAAGAGGCGCUGCUGAACAACCAGCUGAAUGAGCAGCGGACUCUGAAUGGGCGGCUGUUGGCCAGUGUGAAUAAUCCCGACAGAGGCAGCAUGAACAGGCUGAGCUCUAAAGGACAGGCCCACCGUGCUGGGAUGGUGAAAGCCGCCAGCACCGGGGCUCCCCUGCGGCAGCCCCCCCACCGCCACACCUUCUACCGCCAGCCCUCCUGCACCUUCUCCUACUACGGGCGCGUGGGAAGCCACCGCUACCGCUACCGCCGAGCCAACGCCGCGUUUCUCAUCAAGCCGUCUCGCAGCAUGAACGACCUGUACGAGGUGGAGGCCCGGCACAGGAGGAGGAGCAGGCAGAGGAGCAGGAACCGCAGCGGGAACACCAACUCCUCCGGCGGGGAUACAGAGAGCGAAGAGGGAGAGGUUGAGACCACCGUGCGGCUGCUGUGGCUCUCCAUGCUGAAGAUGCCCCCGGAGCUGCUGCGGCUCUGCGCCUGCCACCUGCUCACCUGGUUCUCCAUCAUCGCAGAGGCCGUCUUCUUCACCGACUUCAUGGGACAAGUCAUCUAUGAAGGAGAUCCCACUUCCCCUGUUAACUCAACAUCACUGGAUAAUUAUCACAGAGGAGUUCAGAUGGGGUGCUGGGGACUGGUUAUUUAUGCCAUGACUGCUGCUACAUGUUCUGCUCUUCUUCAAAAGUAUCUUGACAAUUUUGACCUGAGCAUUAAGAUAAUCUACAUCCUGGGGACGCUCGGAUUCUCUAUAGGAACUGCUGUCAUGGCCAUCUUUCCUAAUGUAUAUGUUGCCAUGGUGAUGAUCAGCAGCAUGGGCAUCAUCUCCAUGAGUAUAUCCUACUGUCCUUACGCUCUGUUAGGACAAUAUCAUGAAAUGAAAGCGUACAUCCAGCACAGUCCUGGCAACUCCCGCCGAGGUUUUGGAAUCGACUGUGCCAUUUUAUCCUGUCAGGCAAGUGUGUACAUCAGUCAGAUCUUGGUGGCCUCAGCUCUGGGUGCUGUGGUGGAGGCAGUGGGCAGUGUUCGUGUCAUUCCCAUGGUGGCCUCAGUGGGCUCCCUACUUGGAUUCUUCACUGCCUGCUUCCUGGUCAUUUACCCGGCUCCAAACAACGGGGAGGGGGACUCGGCCAAAGCUUCAGAGAAACGAGCUUUGACGACGCUGGAGAAUCCAAACGCCGGUGAAGCUGCAGUUGCCGUGGUAAUAGAGAAGCCCAGCUUCCUGAAGCUCAACAAGGAGGGCAAGGCCGCCACCACCACCACCAGCUCCUGCCGCUCUGAGAACGAGUCGGCUCUGUGA